CUCAAGAAUCAAGUUCAGUCUUACCACAGCGGUGUCCGAACGCAGACAAGUUUGAUAGUCUUGCUCGUUACUCAAAUUACAAUUUACAACAACAAACCUAGUCAUAAAGAAACACCUCCAAAAAAUUGUUGUUACAUAAAAAUUGAAAGUGUUUUGCUAUAAUUCUUUUCUACUCUCAGUGAAAGUGAAGAAAAUCAUAGUUUUUUAGAGGAAUACACACAACAAAUCAGUUUUUGACAGUUUUUAAGUGCAAAAUAUCCUUUGGAAUUAAGAGUCACACGAAAUGUCGCUAAAACUUUUCCUUCUCGUUCUGACCGUGGCAUUAUUUGUGACGAUGCCAAUAAAGACGGUUAAAGGAUCCGCAGUUCUUAUAUCCGACAUGACCAUGACGGUAAUGGUGGAGUUGUCCUCCCGCUAUCCUUUUUGCAAAAUGCAUACCGAUCGUGGCGACAUACAGCGCAUGUUAUUGCAAGCCGAUCAGAGACGAAUACGUCAAGUUCCUAGGGAAUCAGUUAUGGAACUGGAAGAUGUGUGUAGGGAUUCUGGAUCACAUGGCAGGGAAUUUCGAGGCGGCUUAGGUUUCAUUUAUCCAGGCACCAAAUGGUGUGGACCAGGUAAUACUGCUAACGAUUUCAAUGAUCUGGGAGCGCAUGAGGAUGAGGAUCGCUGUUGUCGUGAGCACGAUAAUUGUCCGAAUGUUUUGAAUGUGGGUGAAUGUAGACGUGGCCUUUGCAACACUGGAACUUUCACCCGUUCCCAUUGCGAUUGUGAUGCCCGCUUUCGUCGUUGUCUACAAUCUCUAAACACAGAAACUGCAAAUACCUUGGGCGCCAUAUUCUACAAUGUUGUGCAGGUCACUUGCUUCCAGGAACGCAGCCCCUGUUCAAUACAUCAAAGAGCUGGCUACAAUCAAACCGAACAAGAAGAAAUAUGCGCCCAAUGGCAAUACCAACCCUCCGAGAAGUAUGUACCCAGUGCUCCAGGUCGUACUUAAGUUCAUCCAAUCGCAUCGAUAACAAAUCAAAGUCCUCAACCAAUGGCUGGCUAUACAACGAAAAUGGAUGUCAAUUCUAUGGAAAAAAAUACCUGCAUAUUAAAUUACAAUAUCUUUAUAUAUUGAAUGGAACAACAUACACACAAACCUACAUAACAAGUAGCAUUUAGUUUUUUGAACUUUAAUGUAUAUGACAAACCAAGAACUCCGAUCCGUUGACAAUGAUGACCUCCGAUUACGUGAUAUAUCAUGUUAGUUUGUAGUCACAACAUCACAACUCUUUGGCUGUUACUCUCCAUCUCUCCCUCUCUCUCUCUCGCACUAUAGAGAUGAUGGUUUGGAUUAUGAUCCCAAAGAUUAGAUGAUGUAUACCUAUCGAACCAUUGAAAUACGAUCUCUCCAAUAACUGUAGCAGUAGUCGUCAUACUCGAUUAAAUGUAGAUCUCUAGUAGAAACAUACACCAAAGACAUUCUUAUAAGAUUUAUUAAAAAUAAAAAUUAUUAUAUUAAUAAAAUGAAAA